CUGCACUACCAGCAGUCGGUUCCUCCUGCCAUGGCUGAUGUCAAAGAGCCCGGGGCGGCAGAGCCAGCUGUCCCCAUGGAGCCCCGUGUCCCCAUGGAGCCCGGUGUUCCCACAGGGCCGGAUGUCCCUGCUGAUGCUGCUCCAUCCUCAGGGGCCAUGUCCACUCGACGGCUGUGCAGCGAGGACUACAAUGACUACAGCUCUACUGAUGUGACCCCGGAGGGCAGCCCGCCUGCGGGCAUCAAUGGCUUCACACGGCCCGAGUCCUACCAGCGCUUUGGGGAGAGCAACGGGACCACGUGGUACCAGACCCUGAUCCAUCUCCUGAAGGGGAACAUUGGCACCGGGCUGCUGGGGCUGCCCCUGGCUCUGAAGAAUGCCGGCAUCCUGCUGGGUCCUCUGAGCCUCCUGGUGAUGGGUGUUGUGGCUGUGCACUGCAUGAGCAUCCUGGUGAAAUGUGCCCACCACUUCUGCUACAGGUUUCAGAAGCAGUUUUUGGACUACGGGGGGACUGUGAUGUAUGGGCUGGAGUCAACACCCGUUGCCUGCCUGAGGACACACGCCAUAUGGGGAAGGCGUGUGGUGGGACUCUUCUUGAUCCUCACUCAGCUGGGUUUCUGCUGUGUGUACUUUGUCUUUCUGGCUGACAAUCUGAGGCAGGUUGUAUCCUCUGCCAACAGCACCACCACUGACUGCCAGUCCAACAGGACGGUGACCCUCACACCCACCAUGGACUCCCGACUCUACAUGCUAUCCCUGCUGCCUUUUGUGGUGCUGUUGUCAUUCAUCCAGAAUCUCAAGAUCCUGUCCAUCUUUUCCAUGCUGGCCAACGUGGCCAUGCUCAUCAGCCUUGUUGUGAUCUACCAGUACAUUGUCAGGGACAUCCCCGAUCCCAGCACCCUGCCUCUUGCUGCAGCCUGGAAGACCUACCCUCUGUUUUUUGGCACGGCCAUCUUUGCUUUCGAAGGCAUCGGGGUGGUGCUACCUUUGGAAAACAAGAUGAAGAACCCACGGCAGUUCCCUCUGAUCCUCUAUGUGGGGAUGACAAUUGUUACCAUCCUGUACAUCAGCCUGGGUGUGCUGGGCUAUCUGCGCUUCGGGGCUGCCAUCCAGGCCAGCAUAACACUCAACCUGCCCAACUGCUGGCUGUACCAAGCUGUCAAGCUGCUUUUCUCCUUUGGGAUUUUCUUCACCUAUGCUGUGCAGUUCUACGUCCCCGCUGAGAUCAUCAUCCCACCACUGGUUGCUCGUGUGCCGGAGCGCUGGGGCUGGCUGGUCAACCUGCUGCUGCGGGUGGUCCUGGUCGGCAUCACCUGCGUGCUGGCCAUCCUCAUCCCCCGCCUGGACAUCGUCAUCUCGCUGGUGGGCUCGGUCAGCAGCAGCGCGCUGGCUCUCAUCUUCCCCCCGCUUCUGGAGAUCGCCACCUACUACACAGAGGGCAUGCACCCCCUGCUCAUUGCCAAGGACGUGCUCAUCAGCCUCUUCGGCUUCGUUGGCUUCGUGGUGGGCACCUACGAGGCGCUGGUGGAGCUGGCUACUCCUGCUGCUGUCAUCAAUGGCACCAGCACCUCGGGGCAGUGACGGUCCCUGCUGGGUGGUGGCACACAGACGGGUGCUCAGCCUUCUCCUCCUGCAGAACGUGGUGGGUUUGGGCUGCGAGGGGUGUGGAGUGGCACAGCACUCUUCCCCUCCACACUCCUGUACAUAGUUACUUUGGGGAGGGGGGAUCCUGGGGAUGUAGACUUUAUUUUUUAAUGUUUAUUUUAUUUUUUUUAAUCCUUCCCGUAUUUCCCCCACUCCCAUCACUCUGGGACUGCUCUUCUCCGUGCCAGUUUGUUGUUGUUUUUGUUUUUAUUUUUCCCCCUUCUCCCCUCCCCUCAGCACUUUAUUUUACAGCAACAAAGAAACCUCAGCUCAGGUUGGAGGUGCAGAGCUGCUUCCUCGCCCCGGCCCUCGGGGAUGCAGAGCAGCGCUGGGUGAGCACUGCUGGUGCAGGUCCUGCUGUGCUCUGGUUUCCAGCUCUUUCGUGCAGAGAGGGCUGCCAUGGAAGGUUCUAUUUGUUUCUUUUUUUUUUUUUUUCUCCCUGUACACAUACUCCUCACAUGGUUUUUGGCAUUAGAAAUUCAGGUGUGCAGAGCCCACGCUCUGCAGAAACACAGCGCCUUGUUUGCUGCGCUCUGGCUGCAUCUGCAGUCCUCCACUGAAUGUCACACCCCAAUAAGAACACUGAUCAUGUUGUUUUCCCUCCUGGCCCCGGUGGCAGCUCCCAGCAGGAGGCAGCCCGUUGAACUGCUCUCUCUCCUCCUGCUGCUGGUACUGGGGCAGGUGCAUGCUGAGGGCACAGACUCUGGCCUUGCCACACUUUGCCUUUCUGC